GCUAGUGUGCGUAAAAUUUCUAACUUCAUGAGCAUAUGUACAUAUAUGUUCUUGUCCACGGACUCAAAUGUGUUAAUAGUGUGUGCAUUUGCCCGCCAUUGGACUAAAAAUCCGUUUACUGAUUCUAUUUAUUUGGUGAAAGAACAUUUUUGAGGGCUGUGGUUUGCUACUAUUUUUUUUAAAUUGGAAGUUGCGGUUGACGUAAAGUUGCAGAGAAAAAGAUGUAUUCCCUCGUGCGGAUUGCAGAAAGUAUGCAGAUUCUGGAGUCCAAGAAGUUACAGUGGAAAGGACGCUACACAGCUCUCUACAGAGAGAAAGGCACUCAGGCGUUGGCUUUCGUAAUAGCCAAAAGCGAUUAUCGAAAUGUUUUGAUUAAACGGGAAAAAAUUGAACUAAAUUUAAAAUCGUGUGACGUCAAUGUACAAAAUUCGUCGCAAAAUUCCAUUAUGGAGGAUAACUCUGCUAUUGAUUGUAAAUCGUCACAGUUUGCAUCGCCAACGUCCAUUUUAAAUGACACCCUUGUCAUUGGAAACAGUAUUUUACAAAAUUCAUCGCCAACUUCUAUAGUGGGGGACACCCCACCUAUUAAAAAUAAAUCGUCUCAAAUUUUAUCGCCUAAUUCCGUUUUGGAAACCACCUGCGCCACCGAGCAAAAAACGUCACAAAAUACUUCUGCAGAGGUCACAUUUGUUUUUGAACCGAAAUCGUCGCAAAUUUCAUCGCCAAAUUCUAUUUUGAACGACACCCCUGCAUUUGAGCAUGAAUCGUCGCUAAUUUCAUCAGGAAAUUCCAUGUCGGAGAACACCCCUGCCAUGUACUCUAAAUACCACAAAAAAUCUAAUAACAACAAAAAAAUAAAAAAAGAAAUGCAAGAAUCUACCGAAGUUGCAAUAAAAAACUUAUCCAAUAAGGUUCCGGAAUUACUUCCAUAUUUUUCUCCUGACUCAAACGAAAAUAUCCCAAAUUCAAGGAACGAAAACUCUACUUUUGUUAUUCCAAACCAGCAAAAUAGUAUAAAUGAAACAACUUUAGCAUCUAUCAUCAUGUUUGGGGCAAAAGAUUCCAUUGAGGAUCCGACUGUUUUAGAAUCGACGUCGUCUGAAUACGUAGCAGAAAUUUCAAUUCAAACAACAUCAAACUCAAUUCAGACCUCUUUAAAAGAUAAGUCGCCUGUUAUUAAGGACAAUUUAAAUAUUAAUACCAUAACUGUUCCACAUUCAAAUCAAAGAAAAAAGCAUUUCUGUUUGUUUUGUAAGACUCUCCAAACGAAAUAUGCACGACACCUUUUUUUAAAGCAUAAAAAUGAAAAACAAGUUAAAAUUGCAUUAAAAUUGCCAAAAAAAAGCCUGCAACGCCUACAAAUAAUUGACGAAUUAAGAAAGAGGGGGGAUUUUUUGCACAACACCAAAUCUACUUUGAAUACAGGAAUUUUAAUAACUCGUCGCAAUCAACAAAUAAAAUUAAAUAAAAAGGCAGAUAAUUUUGCAUGUUGUAAACACUGUAAAGGAUUUUAUGACAAAAGUUCCAUAAGAGGUCAUCGUUUAAAAUGUGGAGACAAUACGGAAACAAAAAAUAGAACCUCAUUAGUUGAAAGUAGGAAGUUGACACAAUAUGUGCACCCACUAGCAAACGAUAAAAUGAAAACUAAAGUUUUGCCUAUUCUACGGAAUGAUAAAAUUUAUAGAACUCUGGUCUAUGAUGAAUUAAUUAUAAAAUUUGGAAACCAAUUAACAGAAAAAUACACUGAUGAAUACACAGAUUCACACAAUUAUGAUAUGGUUAGGGCACAAUUACGGCUACUUGCACGCUUUACGCGAAAAAUGAAGAAAAUUAACAAAAGUAUCACGGAGCUUAAAGACGUCUUUAAACCACAACAAUACGAUAAUUGUGUUAAAGCCGUACGCAAAGUAGCAAGCUGGAACAAGGAUUUACAAUGGUACCAACAUCCACAGGUAGCAAUUUCACUUUCAUCACUCCUUAAGAAAUGUGCAAAGAAACAAAGAUCAGAAUGGAUUAAAGUUCAAUCAGAAGUAGAUAAAAAAAAUGUAGAUGACUUCCUUUUUUUGUGGGAAGAAGAAGCUCCAACAACAAUCCACAAAAGAGCAUUAGAAGACCAAGCCAAUAUUAAACGGGAUAAAAAGGUGAUAUUGCCGAAAAAAACAGAUAUAAAAAAGUUGUACACGUUUUUAAGAAACAUAAUAAAAGUCCAAUUGGAUACAUUAAAGGAGAAAUUUUCAUUGGAAUCGUGGAUAGAGUUGGUAAAGGCCUCUCUCACCCUUAUACAAACAUUUAAUAGACGACGGGCCGGUGAAACCGAAAGACUAAAAAUUUCUAAUUAUAGAAACAGACAGUCAGUAACGCACAACAUGGAACAUGAUUUGUUAAAAACUAUUUCUAAGGAAGCCUUAAGACAUACUAAAAAAUAUGUCAGGAUAGAAUUAAGAGGCAAACUAUCGCGCACGGUUCCAAUUUUGUUGGACCCAUUAUGCGUAGAGGCUCUAGACACUAUAUUAAAACUUCGGUCAAAGGCUGGUGUAAAUGAGAGUGAAAACAAAUAUGUGUUUAGUAAUCCUUCUGCUUCUAAAACAUCUAAAAAAUAUUUUAGAGCUUGUGCGCUUUUAAAAAAUUAUGCUGAGCAGUGUGGAGCCGAUGUUCCGGAGAGCUUAAGAGGCACAAAACUUCGGAAACAUAUUGCUACAUACAUGUCUGUUAUAAACGCAGAGGAUGCAUCUGUGGAUAAACUUGCAAAUUUCAUGGGCCAUCAUAAAGAUGUCCACAAAACCCAUUAUCGUCAGCAAGUGCCAGCUGCAGAAAUAUACUGUGUUUCCAAAAUUCUUAUGGCUGCUAUGGGCGAUACAAUUGAUAAUGGCGUAGGACUUAUCGAUGGUGUUAAUAGAUAUUUUAGCAACGAUAUUGGCGAUGAUGUUGGGAACGUUGAAUGCAAAGAACCCGAAGAACGUUCGGAAUCUGCCGAAGAACAUCCCAUCGAUAACGUUGAAAGAGGUGGGAGCGAGAGAGAAGUCGAAGAACGUUGGGAAUCUGGGGAAGAACAUCACAUCCAGUCAGACGAAGAAAAAAUCGUCUCUUCAGAUGCAGAAUCUAGUGGAGAGGAUUAUGAGCCAAAGAAAAAAAGGAGAAGUACUUCACCUUAUGGCAAGACCAAAAGGCGUAGGUGGACUGUAAGCGAAAAAGAUGCUGUAUUUUCCCAAUUUGGCGACAUUUUGCUGCUGGAAAAAUUACCAAGCACAAGCGAAUGUUUUUACGCAGUAAGAAAGUAUCCAUCACUUCAAGAGAGAACACCACAGCAGCUCAAAGCUUACAUUUCAAACUGCAGAAAAGUAGACAAAGAGGGUAAAUGUACUGAAAAAAUAAGAAAAUCAAAAUUAAUGGAAAUAUCGGCUCGUAGACCAUAGCCAUGAAACCCAUUAAUAUAUAUACUAUAUUGUAAUUUUUUUAUACUAUUUUGUAAUUUGAGUUAAACGGUUUUUUCAGUUAAAAAUAUAUUUAAAAACUUAAUCAAUUCGAAAUUUUUCCCAAUAUACAGUGAUGGAAAAAUAAUAGGGACAAAGUUACUAAGAACAAUAUUAAAAAAAAAGGGAAGAAAACAUGGUUAUUUCUGUUAAAGGCUGUAUCUGGUUAUUCGUAGACCUGUUUAGUUUUUAAUGAUAAACUUAAAUUAGAAAUUAAAUUAUUUAACUCAUGG